GAGACAUGGCGGCAGUGAGUAAGUACCUGAGCACCAGGAGCUCCUCCAUCACAGGGGGGUUGGCCCUCAUCACCCUGUGUGUGCUGAGGAGCAGGAGGAGGGGGGCUGCUGCGUCCACUCAGGGCUCCAAAAGGAACUCAAAGCUCCACUCAGACUCACCUAACGGCCGGAGGGACAAAGCCAGCGUGGAUCAGCUCUUCAUCUCUCGGAUCUACAAGAUUCUCAGGAUCCUGAUCCCACAGCCGCUGUGUAAAGAGAUGGGGUAUCUGGUGCUCAUCGCUGCCAUGCUUCUGGCUCGAACCUACUGCGACGUCUGGAUGAUCCACAACGGCACCAUGAUAGAGAGUGCAAUCAUUGGACGAUCAACAAAAGUAUUCAGGACGUAUUUAUUUAACUUCAUUGCCGCCAUGCCACUUAUCUCAUUAGUGAAUAAUUUUCUGAAACUGGGACUGAUCAAGCUGAAGCUGUGCUUCCGUGUACGACUCACUGAUCACCUGUACACACACUACCUCAGGGGUUUUACCUACUACAAAAUCGGGAAUGUGGAUAACCGCAUCGUGAACGCGGACCAGCUGCUGACGCAGGACGUGGAGCGGUUCUGUAACAGCGUGGUGGAUCUCUACUCCAACGUUAGCAAGCCUCUCCUCGACAUCGUUAUUUACCUCCUCAAACUGACGACAGCGGUGGGUGUGGAGGGCCCUGCUACCUUGCUGAGUUAUCUGGUCUUCUCUGGUCUGUUGUUGACGUGGUUACGGCGACCGAUCGGGAAAAUGACGGUAAAGGAACAGAAAUAUGAGGGAGAGUUCAGAUACGCAAACUCACGGCUUAUUACUAACAGUGAGGAAAUCGCCUUUUACAAUGGUGGUCAAAGAGAAAAGAUCAACAUCCAUCAAACUUUUCACAAACUGGUGGAACACCUGAAAAGUUUUAUCUGGUUCCGUUUCUCCAUGGGAGUUGUGGACAGCAUCGUGGCUAAGUACAUCGCCUUCGUGGUCGGAUACCUGGUGAUCAGUCGGCCGUUUUUAAACCCGACAAACACGCGGCACGAUCACAGCACACACGCCCAGAGACUGGAGGAGUACUAUCAGAGUGGCAGGAUGUUACUCAGUAUGGCUCAGGCUUUGGGGAGAAUCGUUCUGGCAGGCAGAGAGAUGAGCCGACUGUCAGGCUUCACAAUGAGAAUCAGUGAGAUUCAGGAUGUGCUGUCAGAUGUAAACAGUGGCAGAUACGAGCGCAGCGCCAUUAUCUCAGCAACAGGAUCAGCUCCAGACGCCCCGGUGAACUCGGCUCGGCUCCCCGGCUCAGGGCACAUCACUAUAGCCGACAACAUCAUCAGGUUUGAACACGUGCCGCUAUUAACACCUAACGGAGACGUCCUGAUACAGGAUUUAUCCUUCGAGGUGUUGUCAGGUGCUAAUGUGUUGGUGUGUGGACCAAACGGCUGUGGGAAGAGCUCACUGUUCAGAGUUCUGGGAGAGCCUUGGACUGGGACUACGAGUGCACCCCUAGUGGCUGGGUUUGACACUGCAGCACGACAAUCAGCAUUAGUCACCGCGCCUUUGUGGCCUUUGUCUGGAGGACAUCUUACCAAACCACACAGAGGGAAACUCUUCUACAUCCCGCAGAGGCCGUACAUGACUUUAGGUACACUCAGGGAUCAGGUUAUUUAUCCCGACACACACAAGGAGCAAAUCCGGAAAGGAAUCUCAGAUCAGGUGUUGAAGGAUUACCUGGAUAAAGUGCAGCUGUCUCACAUCCUGGAGCGAGAGAGUGGUUGGGAGAGCGAGCAGGACUGGAUGGAUGUUCUGAGCGGAGGAGAGAAACAGAGGAUGGCGAUGGCUCGUCUGUUUUACCACGAGCCGCAGUUCGCCAUUUUAGACGAGUGUACGAGCGCCGUGAGUGUGGACGUGGAGGAUUACAUCUACAGUCACUGCAGGAAGGUUGGAAUCACUUUGUUCACGGUCUCACACAGGAAGUCACUGUGGAAACACCACAAGUUUUACCUACACAUGGACGGUAGAGGAGGCUAUGAGUUCAAGCGCAUCACAGAAGACACAGUGUAGUUCGGCUCCUGUGUGUGUGUGUGUGUGUGUGUGUGUGUGUGUGUGUUGAUCUUCUGUCUCUGUGAGAGGAAGGUGAUUAUUGUCUCGGAAGUCCUGACUCUCACCCUCACACAGGAGUGUUUAGAGUUCUGUAGGAUUCACUGUUACACAUGUGUGUGUGUAUGUGUGUGUGUGUGUGUGUGUGUGUGUUAAUAAUUCUUUACUGUAAAACUGCAAUAAGGACUGUUACAACCUCAACCAUUCUCGUGUGUGUGUGUGUGUGUGUGUGUGUGUGUGAAAUUUAUUUAUUUAAUUUUUAUUCAUCCGCUGGAGCCUCACAUUAUUAUUAUUAUUAUUAUUAUUAUUAUUUAGUUAGUUUAUAGUUUAUUUUAUAAAUCUCAGUGUUGUUUUUAUUGACAGA